AUGUCGUGGGAGACUGCGAGUCCCGACAAUGAUAAAGAUAUACGGAUCAACUUCACGAAUCAGUCGUUCAACAACCACCAGUACAAUGUAUACAACCUCACUCUGUCGAUCAGCAAACUGACGGAAGGCAUACAGAAAAUGGGCGAGGUGCUUGGAGCGGUUAAACUUGAAGCCACUGCAAUCAGUGGAUAUGAAGAUGCAAAAUCAACGAUCAUAACAGCAAGCGCCACAAAGGAAUACACAACAUCUAAGCAAAAAAGUGCCGAAGAAGUGAAAGCUCAACGAGCAAAUAAAGCAGCUGAGAAGAAGGCGCGAGCUGAAGCAGCAGCAGCCAAAAAAGCUGCUGAAGGAGGCCAAGGAAAGGUGCAACAUAGCAAAAAUAAUGAAUUAAGCAAGCAAGAUCGAGCGAUCAAAAGGAUAAACAAAGCAUUGAAAGCUCAAAAUGAUGCUAACGAUGACACUAGUCAAACCCAGGUGGCACGUGUAGGGAAAUCCGCUUUGCGAGGCGAUGGAAAGCAUCAACCAGUUCGGGAAGUGAAGUUUGAUUUGACAGCUAACACUAUGGCGUCACCAUCAGAGGAAAGUGUAUGUAGCGAUGUUCCUGUUGGCCCAUGCUCAGAAUGCCCUGAACCACCUUCCACAGCUCAUAUCCACCCAGCUUUCCUUAAUUUGGCAGUACGUUGCGAGCUGGGCAUGAUAGAUGAGGUGGACUCGCUGUGUCUCAACUUUCUUGGAGCGUUCAAACAGUAUUUGGCUGACUGGGUCGCGCAGAGACAGAAAGAGAACCGUGACUCGUCUUCGUUGGGUCACGAUCUAGACCUUGCUAUACGACCUCAGAUUGCUUACCUAACCCAAGAAAGUCGAUGGCCGCUUCCAUACGCUUUAGGAAACAUAGUUCGGCAGCUCAAGAAAGAAAUUAUGAAAAUGGGUACUUCAGAUCGGAGUGGAAACUUGCUGGGCAUUGAGAGCGUGAAAAAGUGGUUGGAUGAUUGUGAGGAGGAAUACUUCGGUAGCGCAUACCGAGCCAUUUCAGACUACCUCCUAGGGAAGAUGAAGACGUCUCCAAACGUCAUCACGUAUGAGUGGUGCCCUGUAGUUAAUAGAGUGCUUCUUGACGCCGUCGAAAAAGACUUCGAUGCAAUAUUUACAGUUAUAGACCCGGAAAUGGAGGGAAAAGGGCUACGACACAUUCAGUCAUUUAUUGAACGUAAGAUUCGUUGUCGAUACACAGAUUUGAAUUCGGUCGGUGCAGUCAUGAAGAGCGGUUCUAUGGUCCUUCUCGGCUGUGCUGCGGUGCUAUCGAAUGGUUGCGUUGUUGCGCCGAAAGGCAGUAUGCUUGUGGCACUCACAGCCAAAGCCUACAAUGUUCCAGUGCUUAUUCUUUCUCAGACAUUUAAAUUUGUGGACAAGGUGCAAGGAGGUGGUCGUGUGGCACUUUUAAAUCGGGAGUCAAUGGAACUGAUACCGUCCGACCUCAUCACAGCCAUUGUGACGGAUAUUCGUGUACUACCACCGAGUUCUGCACCGGCAGUUCUCAAGGCCAAAGCUCUCGACUUAGAGUAA